AUGAAACAUCAAGGACGUAAACGAAUAACGUUGAGAUGUUCAAAAGAACGUUCAUUAAAAUGUAGCGGAACAAUGUACACGGACUUAGAGAUUGGACAUCCUCAAAUUGGAAAAGUCCAUAGUCAUAUGGCUGAUAAUCACGAGGAUGUUCAACUUAUUUUAUUAAACUGGGGUGCUGAUUUGAAUUCAUUGACUAAUAGUACACUAUUAAAGUGUCAAAUAAAUGAUAGCAAGAAAAUUAAACGUCACAACUUUGAAUUGACAAUGAAUUUCUUAUCUUAUAUUGUACUGAAAAAUAAUAAGAAAUUUAGUGAAGAUGAACUACUAACAUUGGCACAGUAUGUUGCUAAAAUAUCCUUUGAUCAUCAUUGUGGACAAAUGAUAAAUGUUAUAAAAAAAUUAUUUGGUGCUUGUAUUGAAACUGCAUUACAAAAAGAUGAUGAUACUUCUAUUAUAACAUUUGCUCAAGUAUUAUACUCCCAAUAUAAUUAUACACUACGAAAAAUGGUUAUUGAUUUAUUCCUUCCUUUACAAGGAAAUAUAAUAAAAAAAGUAUAUGCUUAUUUAACAUUCAAGCUUUAUAAGUCACUUUUAGAAAAAACAAACAACAUAAGUGCUUUUCCAUCUAGUAUUAAUGAAUGGUUUGUUCAAGAUUUGGUAAAUAAAGAUUUUUUCAAUAGACAACCAAAAAGAUUAUUAUACCGUCUUAUUCGACUGUUGGAGCACAUUGUGAUUGUUUUUGAUUUGUAUAGUGAUGAAAAAAAACUUAGUGAUAUGUACGACUUUUUAAGUGCUGUAGCAAAACCUACUGGUUUAUCAGAUUCUCUGAAACUCAUCAACAUAUUGGAUCAAUGGAGGCUUCAAUUAUUCCGAUUACAUGUAAAUCRUAAGAAUGUUUUAUUCUGAUAAUCAAAUACUAUUAUUCCUAAGUACAAUAACACAUUCAGGAGCCAUGAUUAUAAUUUAUUAUACAUUAAUUUUGUAUUAUUUUCAUUUUCAUCUGUACUAUU